AUGACCCCGGCGACCCGAUAUAACCCCUGCGUGCGCGGUGGCGGCCAGACUUGGUGCAGUCAGUGGACGCAAGAGCAAGUACAAAAUGGCUACUCUGCCGCGGCCAAUCUUUCUUCGCCCCUCGGCCUCGCCGCACAAUUCACUUGUAUCUCUUUCUCCUCCCCACGCCAAGAUCCCCACGCCAAGAUCCCCACGCUAGGUAUGGCGGCCAUGUAUAGCGCCACCGCUCUGAGCGAGCUCAACAGCCCUGAGGCGGUUGCUCUUCACAGCUUGAUGGAGAGACUGAGCUCUUGCGGUGUAGGCGAAAUUGUCGACAUACCUCAGAUGAUAGUUGUCGGCCAACAAGCCGUAGGAAAGUCCUCUGUCCUUGAAGCCAUCACCAGCGUCAAGUUUCCGACCUCAGCAGGGCUCUGCACGCGAUUCGCAACAGAAAUUAUUCUCGGCCAAGCGCAGGAAGAAAGCGUCCAUGUCACCAUUCGAUCUCACAAAAGCGAGCCGCAGCCGGCAAGGACUUUUGACGAAUCAGGUCUUUCAAAGAAAGAUCUGCCCGCUCUUAUCGAAGAAGCUAAAAAAUGCAUGGGAAUUACCGAAAACAUGACCGGGUUUUCGCGGCAUGUAUUGUGUGUGCAAAUAAGGGGCCCUGACGUCAUUCCUCUCAGACUCGUCGACUUGCCUGGCAUCUUCAAUAAUGAAAUUGCAAGUCAGUCAGAAAAGGGAAUUGAAAUCGUCAACCAGCUCGUGGAGAGCUACAUGGAACAGAAGAACAGCAUUAUUCUCGUCGUUGUGGAGGCCAAAACGGCUGUUGUCAACCACUACGCUCUCGCAAAGGUCAAAGACUUUGACCCCAAACGAGAGCGAACUAUGGGUAUAAUCACCAAACCGGAUCUCAAGCUAGGCGAGCACCUGCAGAAGGAGCAUAUCCAACUGGCGAAGAAUAGGGAACCGAAACAUACCUUGAAGCUUGGCUGGCACGUCCUGCGCAACAGAGCCGAGGACGAGGACGGCACGGGAAUUCGAGACCAGAUUGAAGACGCUUUUUUCAAGACGUCUCCCUGGAACAGCAUCGUGGAGGAAGAUCGAGGCAUUCACAGUCUUCGAAGGAAGUUGAGCUCGGUUCUCUAUAACCACAUCCGCCGCGGCCUACCCAAAGUCAUUGAAGACAUUGAGACAAACCUAGCCAAGCGGCAGGCGGAAAAGGCCCAGCUUGGGGUAGCAAGACCCAAACUAGACGACAAGCGUGUGUUUCUGGCUGAUAUUGCCGAACAAUUUCAACGACUUGUCAGGGAUGCGAUGAGGGGCAACUAUGCCGAUCAGUUUUUCGGCCAGCUGACCACACCGCUUUACCGUCUACGUGCCGACUUGAAGUGUUUCCAUCGGGCCUUUGAUUACACCAUGAUUACUAGAGGUCACAAGUUCGAAAUAGACCCCUUCGAGGGGGAGGAAGAAGAAGAAGAGAGGAAUCCAGUUGAUUCCGUACCGGAGGCCCUUGUCGACUUCCUUGCAAGAAACCCCUACGACUUUGAAACCCCGGCCAAAAAGUCUCGCAAAGACAUCAACGACUUGUUAGUUAAGCCUGUUGUGGCAAGUGAGGGUAGUGAACUGCCCGGUACUUGCAAUAGCGAAGUGGCUGUUCAUCUGUUUCAGCUGCAGUCUGGUCCCUGGAAGGACAUUGCGCGAUUUCAUGUCGCAUGUGUCAUCCGUUUCGCAAGAUUCUUUAUCGAACGAUUGUUUGUCCACAUCAUCGGCCAAGACGGCGAGCAUCUGGAUGCCAUCAUAAGCGAAUACGUUGACCCGUUUUUCGAGAAGCACGAAACGAUAUUGGAGGCGAAGCUGGACGAAUUACUCGCGCCUUAUGCUAAUGGGUAUGCGGUACCAUCAGACGCGGAAUUUCGUCAGAUAGUGUCGUGCUGGACAGUCAAUCGCGUUGCUAAACGCUUGAGAAACCUUCAGGACAGCGUAGAUGACACCGUAGCCCGUGAUGGUCCCAGGAGAAUCCGGCACGAUUUUGUCUCCGCUGCGGAAGAACUGACCCAGAUUGUUGACGGAGGAUCCCUCGGCACGGAAAGGAUUGUCAACAUGAUGCAGGCAUACUAUGAAAUCUCUCGUCGCACGUUCUUGGACAACGUAACGAACCUGGCCGUUGAAGGCUGUCUGAUCCAGCACUUGCCAAGCAUAUUCACUUCCAAGCAAGUCGCGGCGAUGGAUGAGUCUGAAUUACACAAACUAGCUUCAGAAUCAGGCGAUGUGCAGUCCCGUAGAGACCAACUUUCGCAAGAAAUUGAUUCUCUCAAAAAGGGCAUGGAACAGUGUCGGCGAUGGCGGCCGCGUACAGAACUGGUAAAUCCCACACGGCCAAAGAACACCAGUGGUGCCGAUACGCUUGAGAAGAACGGCCAUGAGAGUCGUCGUGCGCAAGAGGUGGAUGCAGACGCGCCUUCGAGCGGUGCAACACCGGCGGCGAAGAACUUUGGCUCGAAGCCUGCAGAUCAGGCCGCCCAGGUUGGGAAAACCUCUCCCUGGCGUUUUACUACGGAAUCAAAUGCCACGGCGCAGUCUAAAUUCCUUGGUCGCCAGACACCGCUAUUCAACGACGGUCGAAACAUGUCCAACCCCGACUCCCAAGGCUUGAAUUCCGGCUCCCUACCGCAGACAUCCUCCGGUGGUCUCUUUGGGUCUAAACCAGCCGCAUUCAGCCCCAAUUCUUCGUCAUCAUCGUCUGUCUUUGGCAACAUGCCUGCGCAAAAAGCUCCUCCCCUCGGCGGCUUUGGUUCAACCGUUGAUGGCCCUUUUGGCACAAGGAUCCAGGCAACUAACACCACAGCUCCAUCCUUUCCCGCCUUUGGAAAUGGAAACGGCGCAUCUAGGCUCUUUGGUGGCUCUACUGCUCAGCCCGGAGCUGGUGGCCCCGGCGCGCAGGUGUAA